ACAGGUCCAAGGAACAAUCGUACCACCUCCCACGAAAAUGUUAAUGCAAACUGGAAGAAAUCCGGACACCACCACUUGAUUUCUUGGCCACUAAACACAUCUCCCCGCCAUCAAGACACACUGGCACGAGGCGCCGGACGGCGACGCCUCGCUCCCUACUCGUCUCGGCAUUAUUCUUCGGCCAUCCUCGCCUCCGUACGUGGGUGACGCCGAGCUGGGCACGCGCGCGCACACGAUGGCCGAGGCGGCUGCCACCCAGCAUCUGGACGGCCGGGACGGCGGCGGCGGCCAGCCGAGCCACAGCAACGGCGGCGGCACGUGGGAGAUCGAGGAGCUGGAGCCCGAGGAGACGCGCCAGGCGGGCGGCGGCGGCGUCUCCUCCGCGGCUGGCGGCGACGCGCAGGGCCAGGGCGGCGGCGGAGCGGCGGCCUCCUCCGGCGGCAGUGCCGACGACGUGUACGUGGCGGUCGGCAAGGGCGGGUCCAGCAUGGCGGCGCUGUCGUGGGCGCUGCGCCGGCUCACCAGGCCCCGGAGCUUCGUCUACCUCGUGCACGUCUUCCCCGUCGUCAACAGCAUCCCCACACCAUUAGGAAUGAUGCCUAAAAGCCGAGCGAGCCCAGAGCAGAUCGAAACCUACUUGAACCAAGAGAGAUCGAAGAGGCGAGAAAUGCUGCAGAAAUUCCUGGAUCAGUGCCGCAAAUUUCAGGUUACCGUUGAUGUUUACCUGAUCGAGAGCGAUCAAAUUGCUAAUGCAAUCAUUGAACUUGUUCCUGUCCUGCACAUAAAACAGCUAGUGCUGGGAAUUUCGAAGUCCAAUGUACGGAAGCUCAGGAGAGGAAGCACAAUAGCAGGACAGGUACAGAAGAGCACACCUGUAUACUGUGAAGUCAAAAUCAUCUGCGAUGGCAAAGAGGUGACGACAGAGACAAUUGCUGAUCCAACACCACCACUAUCACCUUCUCCUGUAGAUAACAGCAGCGGAUCUAACAACAUGACACCACCGUCGUCUACACCUAAUCAUGAUAAAGCAGCUGCAAAUGGUGAAGGAAAAGACGGUGAAUGCAGAGAACAAAAGAAAAUCACAAAGUUUCUAAGAUGCUUCUCGUUUUGAUUACCAUCUGAUUGCUGUUUCAGUUACUUUUCACAGCUAGCACAUUGUAAUUGCAUCAUGAUUGGACAGCGUAUAUAUGUUUUGCUGUUACAAGUUUUGCCAA